AGAGACAAUCAACAAAGAGCAAUUGUCGAUCAUGCCAGUUAAGCCACAAUAAAAAAAAAGUUUCUAGCUAAAGGUGUUUACUCUAUCCACGACGUAUUUAGCAACGGUAUUAUCUCUUCGAGCCUUUCGAUCACAUUCGCGCGGAGCGGUAGCUGGAAAUGGAGCUGGUAUGAUACAGCAGUCAUUGACUCUUUUACGAAGUGUGUGAUGAAUACAAUCCUCAUCACCGAUGGUAGUCUUAAUACUUUGAAACACUAUUAGUAGAAUCGUUGUUGACUGAAGGAACAUGUUGUCGACUGGAAGUUUUUUACUACUCUGGCUCUACCUACCACACUGGGGAAGUUCUCUCAUUGCUCAUUUCCUUUCGUCGAGUGUUGAUGAGUGAACGUUACUUAAUUAUUGUAAUACAUAUCAAUUAUUGGUGUCAAUUAACAUAUGCAUUAUUUCAUCAGCUCUUGGUGGCCAUUUGACGAAGAGUGUUCUUUCACGAAGUAACAAUGUUUCAAGCUGUUCAAGUAGUCACACUGCUCUCACUAACUUCAUUAGGGAUCCAGGUCAUCGCAACAGAAUGUAUUAGCUUCGACAAGCAUGGCCAUGAACUAGAAGACUGUUGCGACCUUAAGGCACCUUUUCCAACGAGAAGCAAGACGUGGCAGUGCGAAAAGUACGCCAGACGAAAUUCACAGCGCAAGGAGCAAUAUUUUGGUGAAUGUCUCUUUCAGUGCAUCUUUGAAACGUUGGGAAUCGUUAACGGAAGUACCAUCAAUGAGGCCAAAAUUUCCGAGUACCUGCAAGAGAUCGAAGACGAAAGCAGCCGGCGCUUCCUGUUAGAGGUUUACCGAGAAUGUGGCGACCUUAUACCACCGGGCUCAACGGGAAAAGGCGAACCCUGCAACAGUUUGGCCAUGAAUUUGGAAGUCUGCGUAUUGCUGCGACUGGAUGCCGACUGUCCGGAGAAGCACUAUCACCAAAGUGAAAUAUGCGACAAAGCGAAGGCUGGGAUCAGAGUUUGUGAAUGAAACAGUUGAGACUUUUUAAUGUGUUAUUGUAAGAUGUCUAAUAAAAAUCUAUACUGG